CCGGACCAUGACGCUGCCCCUCCUGCUCUGGGCCGUGCUGCUGCUGCUCGACACAGUCCCCGGGCCGGGCCCCCGGCCGGCAGCAGCCGGGCGCUCAGGGCCCUCUCCUGCAGGUGCCGGGGGGAGCUGCUCCCACCGCUGUGGAGACCAGGAUGGGCUGUGCUCCUGCCACCCGACCUGCUCCGGCCUGAGCUCCUGCUGCUUGGACUUUUGGGACUUCUGCCUAGAAGUCUCACCCUACUCGGGCUCCAUGAUGGGCGGCAAGGACUUCGUAGUGCAGCAUCUCAGCUGGUUCAACCCCACCGAUGGCGUGAUCUGCAGGUUUAAGGAGAGCAUCCAGACCCUCGGGCAUGUGGACUCCUCUGGACGUGUGCACUGUGUGUCCCCCUUGCUCUAUGAGACGGGCCGCAUCCCCUUCACACUCUCCAUGGACAAUGGUCGCUCCUUUCCGCGCUCGGGGACCUGGCUAGCCGUGCACCCCAGCAAGGUGUCGGAGACGGAGAAGAGCGAGCUGGUGAACGAGACCCACUGGCAGUACUAUGGCACCACUGGCGUCACGGGCAACCUCACCGUGACCUGGGAGCCCUCGGCUCUGUCCACGCAGUCUGUCACCAUCGAGCUCUGGGGUUAUGAGGAGACAGGGAAGCCCUAUUCAGAUAAGUGGGCAGCAAAGUGGUCGUACCUGUACCCCCUGGCCACAAGCAUCCCCAACUCUGGCUUCUUCACCUUCACUCCGAAACCCGCACCUCCGACCUACCGGAAAUGGGAAGUGGGUGCACUUCGGAUCAUCAACAGCAAAUACUACGCAGGGGAGAAGGACGUGCAGGCGCUCUGGAGCAGCGAGCACGCGCUGGCCUGGCACCUGGGUGAGGACUUCCGGGCGGACCCUGAGGCCUGGGCCCGGGCCCAGUGCCUGGCCUGGGAAGAGCUGGAGGACCAACUGCCCAACUUCCUGCAGGAGCUGCCUGACUGCCCCUGCACCCUGGCUCAGGCCCGGGCUGACUCGGGCCGCUUCCACACGGACUAUGGCUGUGACAUUGAGCGUGGCAGCGUGUGCACCUACCACCCCGGGGCUGUGCACUGUGUGCGCUCCGUGCAAGCCAGCCCCCAGUACGCCUCCGGCCAGCAGUGCUGCUACACAGAGGCCGGCACGCUGCUCCUGACGGCCGACUCAACCGGGGGCAGCACCCCGGACCGCGGCCACGACUGGGGCGCGCCCCCGUUCCGCACACCGCCCCGCGUGCCUGGCCUCUCGCAUUGGCUCUACGAUGUCGUCAGCUUCUACCACUGCUGCCUCUGGGCGCCCGAGUGCUCCCGGUACAUGCGGCGGCGGCCCUCCAGUGACUGUCGCAACUACCGGCCGUCGCGCCUAGCCUCCGCUUUUGGGGACCCACACUUUGUCACCUUCGACGGUGCCAACUUCUCGUUCAAUGGGCGUGGCGAGUACGUGCUGCUGGAGGCCACGCUGACCAACUUGAGGGUGCAGGGGCGGGCCCAGCCCCGGACGACUUCGGAGGGCCCGCAGGACCGGGGCACGGGGCUGGUGGCCGUGGCUGUGCAGGAGGGCAACUCCGACGUGGUGGAGGUCCGGCUGACUGGCGAGGGGCGGGUCCUGCAGGUGCUGCUGAACCAGGAGGUGCUCAGAUUCACGGAGCAGAGCUGGAUGGACCUGAAGGGUAUGUUCCUGUCCGUAGCUGCCCAAGACAGCGUAUCCAUCAUGCUGUCAUCAGGUGCUGGCCUGGAGGUCAGCAUCCAGGGUCCAUUCCUGAGUGUGACUGUCCUCCUGCCUGAGAAGUUCCUUACCCACACACAAGGCCUUCUCGGGACACUGAAUGAUGACCCCACCGAUGACUUCACCCUGCGCAAUGGGAAGGUCUUGCCCCACAAGGCCACCUCCCGUGAGCUCUUCCACUUUGGGGCCGACUGGGCCGUGGAGAAUGCCUCAUCUCUGCUCACCUAUGACUCCUGGUUCCUGGUCAACAACUUCCUGUAUCAGUCCAAGCAUGACUACAGCUUUCAGCCCCUGUUCCCCGAGGAGACCGUCCCCGACCCCAGUCAGGCCGCUGAGGCAGCUGAAUUGUGUGGAGACAACGAUUUCUGCAUGUUCGACGUGAUGGCCACUGGGAACCUGAGUGUGGGCAAUGCUACGCGGAUGGCCCACCAGUGGCACCAGCAUCGCGUGCAGAGCCUGCAGCCUGUGACGUCCUGCGGCUGGCUGGCUCCGCCCCCCAAUGGGCGCAAGGAGGGUAUCAGGUACCUGUCGGGCUCCACCGUCUCCUUCCACUGCGACAGCAGCUACAGCCUGUUUGGGGCGGAGGCCAGCACCUGCCAGGCUGAUGGCACCUGGUCCAGGCCCACCCCCAUGUGCCAGCCAGCGCGGAGCUACACGGUGCUGCUGAGCAUCAUCUUCGGAGGCCUGGCAGUGGUGGCUCUGGUCGCGCUCAUCUAUGUGCUGCUGCGUCACAGGAAGCGCAACGUGGCCAGCUGGGGUUCGCAGCCCUGAAGGGAGCGCCUUUGGCCAACAGCAAGAGGCACACGGGGCCACCCCGGAGAACAUGCACCCUGACACUUCGAUCCCCAAAUCCCUAGCACCAUUUACUGGGACCUGGACACCUGAUAACCUGAGCCUUUAAUGUCCGUGCACCCCAGACCUGGUGCCCUGCUCUGUCUCCUCAGACCUGGACCACCUGGCUCUAGCCGUGCAGCUCCCGAGAGGCAUCUGGUCCUCUAGUUCCUGUGUAGUCUCAGCUCCAAUUCCCCAGACUCCAUGCCCGUGAAUUCUAACGCCUCUCUCCGGAGACCCCAACACUCGGGGGCACCUGAAACGCAAAUGCUAUACCUCAGAUCCCGUGUCGGAUACCUGCGAGCCUGAUCCACUGGUCCCCAGUGCCCCAGCACGGGAGCCCGAACACCCAGCUGCCUCGAUUGCCGGACUUGGCCCGGCCUGAGUGGGAGAGGCCUCCGGACCCCAGCGUGGAGGGUCACUCUCUGAGCUCCAGGCUUGUAAUUCUAACCCUGCUGGAAUGUCACUUCUCUAACUCUACUGGAAUGGCACUUCUAACUAACUCUACUGGAAUGGCACUUGAAAUACCCUUCCUUGUCCACCCAGAGAAAACAAGCCCGUGGUGCCCCCUCCCUGGUGUCCGGUGCUCAUGCUACACUUCGGUUCUGGAGAGUUCCAUGGUUGCCUUGUGGGGCCAGCAGCACCCAGAGCAAUCUUAGUCCACUGGCAGGCCACCUGGGGUGGGUCCCUCCCUAGCUUGUCUCCACUGAAAAGUGGGAUCGAGAAUGGUGUCCACUUCGUGGGGCAAGUGUCUGCAAAGGGUUCAGGUGGAGUGUCCUGUUGGGCGCCCAGGAGAUGGGAUGGGGUCAGCACAGGCACCCGCCCCUUCCCCCAGCAGCAGGCUGGCCCAGCCUGGCCCUGUGCCCCUCCCCUGCACCAGCACUGCCCUGCAGGUAGGCAGUGACUGGUAGUUCCUGACCACAGCCCAUGUUCUGGGUCCCUGGGUCCUUUACCCAGGCUUCCCGCUACUGCUGCCCUCUAGUGAGGGUGCUGAGUGGGGGCCAGGGGAGGGCCUUGGCAGCAUAGGAUAGGGCCAGGCUUGUCUCUGCGAAAGCAGAGUGGAGGGCGGGUUUGGAGGCUGGUGCCCCCUGGUCCAGGCCAGUGGCUCAGCCUGGGAGGUAGGGGCGGGAGGAGGUUGCCCAAGGGAGGCAGAACCUUGGGGUGCAAGGUAAUGAGCGGAGGCCCUCUUCCCUGCGACCUGCAGUGCUGAGAGAGGCCACGUGGGAGCAGCAGAGGGUAGGAACAGAGAUGGGAGGUGGAGGUUACACCAGGUCCUAGGAGGCGGCAGUCCCCGGCCGCUCCAGCUGGGCCAGUUGGCUUGUCACAACCUUGGCCAAGGCUCGUGCGGGCCCACUUCUGCAUCUGUCUCUGCUAAGAGGGCCUUGAGUCAUCCCCCGGUCUCAGGAGCACAGGCCGUCCAGCUGGCUCUGACCGCCAGGGUCAGAAGCGAAGCUUCCCCACACCAUUAGACUUGCCAUUGGCUGAGGGUCCUGGGCAGAGGUGGGAAAGCUGAGCGGUAGGGGCAGGUGCAGUCUGGAAGGCUUCCUGGAGGAGGCAGUCUUGCACGAUGGGGCACAUUCAAAGGAACAGCGAUGAGAGUGAGGGGUUGGGGGGGUUCUCCCUGGAGUGGUACCCCAGAGACUAAAGGAGGGGGAUGGGGUCAGUGCUUGCCCUUCCAGGCCCCAUCCCCCUGCUUCCCCACUGGCUUCCCGCUCAGGGCAGGGUGGGGCUGAGGGCUGGCCCUUUGGCCACUGGGCAGGUACUUUCCUCUCUGCAGAUGAGGUAAGGCAGGGCUGGCGCUUCCACCCACCUGAGUCCUCAGUGCUGGGCCCGGCACGAGCCCGUGGGUGACAGGGUGGUUUCCUUGUCGAGGCAGCCCGGGCCUGUGGGAGCAGGCACACCAGGGCCCAGGAGGGCAGGAGCAGCUUCACAGCUCCGGGGCCAUAACUGAAAGGCUAGGUCAAAUUCUCAGAGAUGUGAUUGGUCAGGGCGGAUAUUCCAGGCAGAGGAACAGCCUGGGCAAAGGCUCAGAGAAAGAAGUGCAGUCCGGUCUGAGGAAUAGUGAAGCUCCUGGUCCACCAGCCAGUGGCGGUUAAGCUUCAUCCUAAAAGAGUAAAACAUGGCCUCCCUCUGGCUUCCCCACCCUACACUUACUUGUCCCUCCAGGUUGGGACCGAGAGUUGCCCCCACCCAUCCCCAGCAGGAGAAGGGGUGCACUGUCUGUGGCCCUGGCCCCAGACAUCUGGCAUUCCCAGUGCCAGGGACAGGCCAGGCUGGGAAGCCCCGACACCUGACGGGUUUUCCCAGGGGCCUGUAGGGAGUCAGGGGCACUGUUGGGCCUGUGUGAGGCAGAAGGUCCCAGAGCCCCACAUAGACUCCCUUUAGAGACCUCAAAGGCAGGGACCACCGCCUUGGGAAGUGGUCUCCCCAAACCACAGUCCCAAGGCAUCAGAAGCCAAUGUCCAGUCCCCUACCCUUUGUACUGGUCAGGGCCUGAGGGACAGAAAUCCAGGGAAUUAGAAACACAGGGAUGAGAGAAUCGAGAAGCCAAAUAGCUGGUGAGGAUACCAUAGGACCCCAGCAACAGCCCUGGGCUGAGGGACAGAGGAAGGAGGGUGCCAGAGCCAGGCCCAGGCGCUCACAAAAGUGGGAACCUCACAGCAGAAACUGUGCAGGCCCAAGAUGGGCGAAGCACCUGCUUCUCCUGCCCUCCGACCUCCCACUAGGGCCUCCCAUUAGCUGAACACAGUGGGGAGCAAAGGGCUGAGGGGCCAAUACAGCACAGUGAGGAGCAGGGCCCAGAUACCUCUCCCGGGUUGCACGCUAGACUGCAUCUCCCAGUGCCCCUUGCACUGGGGUGGUCACGUGACUGAGUUCUCCUCGUGCAAAGGGAGCAGAAAAGUACAGGGCACUUGCAGGCCUGAGCCAUAACACUCCACCCGCAUCCUUCCAAGAUCUUUCUGUUGCAAGGGUGGCUCUGGACCCCGUGCCAACCUGGGUCCCCAGCAUGUGGCAGGGAACCCUCUCCCUCCCUCACUGACCUGUUCACCCAUCCAGUACUACUACCGGAACAAGAAACAAACUUGGGAUUAAACCAUAAUACAUUUUUGGGUCUGUUUGUUGCAGUAGUUGGUUUCUCUGUAAUGCCAGAGGCAGGAGUGAGAAAAGGGCCUUACAAUACUGUGGGCACAAGGUUUUUAAAAACUGAAAGAUAGGCCAAUGUUCGGGGCGCCUGGGUGGCUCAGUCGUUAAGCGUCUGCCUUCGGCUCAGGUCAUGAUCCCAGCGUCCCAGGAUCGAGCCCCGCAUCGGG